GGGCGAAGCUAGGCUAACAGUUUACCCCUGCUUUCAGUGUUUGUGCUAAGCUAGGCUAACAGUCUGAUGUUUCAGGGUGAACGGGUCAGGCGGCUGGUCUUCCACAGGUUGUGAUCUGAUCAGCAGGAAUCAAACUCACAUCACCUGUGGCUGUGUUGAUGCGUUGAGCGUUGCCGUGGUGAUGUCCAGGAGAGAGCGUGUGGUCGCUCUUCCUCUGAAACUCGCCACCUUCACUUCCCUCUCCUCCUCGCUGCUCUUCCUCCUCAUCACCUUCGUCCUCCUCUUCAUCCUCACAAACCUGCGCUCCAAUUUAAAUAGAAUCCACCUAAACCAGGUGACCUCCGUCUUCCUGUCGCAGCUCAUCUUCCUGCUCGCCAUAGAGCGAACACAGAACCAGUCUGCCUGUACGCUGGCAGCCAUUUUGCUGCAUUACUGCUGCAUGUGUUCUUUCUGCUGGAUGUUAGUGGAGGAGCUGCACGUCUACCGCAUGAUGACCGAGAUCCGCAACAUCAACCACCGUCACAUGACCUUCUACUAUGCUAUUGGCUGGGGUGUCCCCGCUGUCAUCACAGGUGUCUCUGUGUCUCUGGAUUCUGAUGGUUUUGGGAGCUCCGGGUUCUGCUGGCUGUCUCUCCAGGACUCUGUAAUGUGGAGUGUUGUUGGACCCUUCACUGCUGUCCUCAUGGUUACCAUGGUGAUGUUUGUCCUGGCAGUUAAAGAGUCCAGAGGACAGAGACAGACGAGCUCUGAGACGGCUGAACUCAGCUCCUCUCUGAGGUCAGCCAUCUUGUUGCUGUUGCUCCUCAGUGCCUCCUGGCUGUCAGGUGUGAUGGCAGUCAACAGUGAUGUCAUUGCCUUCAACUACCUGUUCUCCAUCUUCAGCUGCCUGCAGGGCGUCUGCUUCUUCUUCUUCUACUGUGUGUUCAACAGAGAGCUGAGGACGAACCUGAAGGAGAUUUUCAUCAGGAGGAAGAGAAGCAGAGAGCUCAGGAGCCAACACACCACCGGCCUUUCUCGCUCUCUGAACAGGAAGCAGUCAUUCUCUGGAGAUGAAGGUCUGUAUCGAACCACCAUUGGAGAGUCGACGGCAUCUCUGAAUAGCAGCAG